UGUCUUAGCAAGAACUCAGAGAGUCAAGACGGAAGAAGUGAAGUGAGAACUAUGUAGUUGAAGAAAUUGGGCCCGUGUCUAACACCUUUUAGUGAUAAUUCGUAAUUACCGACGUGCGAAUGGGGAAUGAAGCGGAAAUUUAGUGUUUAAUUGAAAUUUGCAAAUCAGAUUUAGUACUUUUAUCUCUGAAAUCUCUGAAAAUUGGCAAAAGAUUGUGAUUUGUAAGACGUCCUGUAACAGAUAAGGAAUCUACUGUUGAAAAACACUAAGAAAUUGAAGGGAAAAGAAAAUGGUCUCGAACGGUUCAAGUGCAAGUGAUAAAUGUGUGGUGUGCGGAGUGGAAAGUAAAUCCAAGUGUUCGAAUUGUGGCCAAGCGUAUUACUGUUCGGUGGAGCAUCAGAAGCAGGACUGGAAGAAUCAUAAGCUCCAGUGCCAUCCAUUCAAAAUCGAGCACAAUGAAAAAUUCGGAAGAUAUUUAGUGGCCAGCAGGAAUAUAAAAGCCAGUGAAGUAGUACUUCGGGAAUCCUGCUUGGUUUGCGGUCCUAAUCAAAUCAGUGGACCAGUGUGUGUGGGGUGUAUGAAAGGACUCCAGGCAAACGAUUAUUUGGAAUGUGAACGAUGCGGAUGGCCCGUUUGCCAGAGGAUAUGCCAGAAUUCACCGGAACACCGAGGUGAAUGUGAAUUAACCGUGGCAAGAGGGAGUAAGAUAAAAAUUCAUCAUUUUGUGGCACCACAUCCACAGUAUCAGUGCCUUUCAAUUUUACGAUGUAUGCUACUCAGGGAAAAGGAUCCCUCCAAAUUCCAGCGACUGAUGCAGUUAGAGUCCCACGACAAUCAGAGGAAGGGUUCAGAACAAUGGAUAAGCGACCGCGAAGGAAUAGCGAAGUUUAUUCCAAGAUUCUUCAAAAUGGAUAAUUGGACUGAAGACGAAAUAAUGCAGCUUACCGGAAUCCUUCAAAUAAAUGGUCACGAAGUCCCACUCUCUGAACCGCCUUAUGUAGCCAUCUACGAUUUGGCAUCAUUGGUUGAGCAUUCAUGUUUCCCAAACUUGUCGAAAAGUUUCACCAAAAAAGGAGAUGUCAUCUUCUGGGCAGCAGUUGACAUCAAAAAGGGUACAAAUCUGAGCAUCUGUUAUUCGGAUGCCUUGUGGGGCACAGCAAGUCGGCAGAAUCACCUAUUGGAGACGAAACUGUUCAAGUGCGAAUGUGUUAGAUGUAAGGAUGUCACAGAGCUGGGAACGAAGUACAGUGCAAUCAAAUGUAAUCGCAAUGACUGCCCAGGACUUGCUUUGCCGUUAAGUUUGGAGCAAUGGAGCGGUGAUUGGAGGUGUGAUACUUGCCAGCAUGCUUUGGACAAAUCAUACAUAAGCGAUAUUCUCGAUCGCGCAGGAACCGAUCUUUCCGUUAUGAAGAAAAAUUCCACUGAAGAUUGCUUCAAGUACCUACAGCACUACAGUAAGUGGUUACCACCGCAGCAUCAUCAUUUAGCAGAGGUAAAAGUAGUCCUUGCCCAGCUUAUUGGCGCUGGCGGUCCUGAAGUAAUUCAAACUUUAGAUGACGCAAGCCUUGAUAAGAAGAUUUCAUUCUGCAGGGAAACAUUGAAUCUAUAUGAAAAGUUAGCACCAGCGGAGGCACGAGUUCUUGGACUACUUCAUUUCGAAAUGCACGCAGCUCUUGCUGAGCGAGGACGCAGAGCAUCCCCUGGUAAUCCAGAUAUGUGCCAGUCCGCACUGGAAGAGUCUUUGAAACACGCGGAGGAAGUAGUUAAAUUGCUCCAACAUGAACCAAAAAUUUUGUCAGAAGGACAAAUUUGUGCUCAGGCGAAGAUAAACCGAGACUCGUUGAAGCUGGUUUUGGGACUUUGAGUGCAUCAACCAGAAUUAUUAUACAUACAAAAGUGAACUUAGAUACUUAGUAGUUUUCCCGUUUAUUUUUGACAUAUUUAAGCUAAUGCAACUGUAAAGGAAAAAGACAUGAACCUAUAUACAUGAGUGUGUUUGAAGGCUAUUUAGACACCCACUUCAUACUAUUUACAGAGAGCUACGCAAGAAGC